UUGUACUUCCGGUCAGUGAGAAGAAUUCGGCAGAAGUCCCAUUCCCCCCUUUUGUUUGCAUGAUUGUGUCUUAUUUUUCGGAAAAUGUGUCUAAUACUGACAAACCAAUUACUCGAGAAUCGAAAGAAAAGUUGUGACUCGUGUCAUUUUUGUUUUUUAGUUGCGUUAAAGUCAGUUGCUAGCCUGUUCGCUUGACAUUAGCUGUGCCAACAUUGCAGGAUUUGGACAGGUGUGACAUUUAGUUGUAAACGUUCAAAAUGUCGCGUUAAGUGUAUAUUUUUCUGGAGAGGCAGGCUAUAUAUUUCACUGAAUCAUUGUGUAAUUUAAAGCAACAUGCCAUUAGUCAGCUAUUAAACGUAGCUUACCUUUCUGGAGUGUGUCAUGCACCUGAGCCGCCUCCUGUUUGGACUUCUAUCGACUCGCUGCAGAACUGCACACAAGCAAUUAGCAGUCAAUGUGCAAUCAAUUUGGUUUCCUUAUCGUCACACAAGACCAGAGGCUUGUCUCUCUCUGGUCAGCUUAAACAAGAUGGCGUCUGUCAGCAUCUCCCAUGAUAGGCAGCCCUCGGCUGAUGAUAAUAAUAAUAAUGAUGAAAAAAAGGAGGAAGGAAACGGUGGUUCUAAAGAUGAAACUGGACUAGAAAGAGGUUCAGAAGAGAGUCAAUGUCAGGUGAAUACAGUUCUCACUGACACUGGAGCCGCCAAUAAGACAAUCACCAAUCGUGAGUCGCGCAAGAAGAAGAGGAAGAGGGCGGGCAGCAGAGGACGAGUGGACAGCGAGGAAGACGCAGAGACAAAGAAGAAGAAGAAACCAAGCCAACGGCCUAACUACUUUGUCUCCAUCCCCAUAACCAAUUCACAGAUAAGCACAGCAGUGUCUCAGGUCCAAGAGGCGUUGCUGGAGCAGGAGCCCCGUCUGGCCAAAGCCAUGAUCCCCGUCCCCACUCUGCACAUCACACUUCUAGUCACUCAUCUGGCUGACCAAGAGCAAGUGGACUUGGCGGCGGCGGUGCUGGCCCAGGUCGAGCCGUUAUUGGCUGAGCUGCUGGCGGGGGUGGAUCUGGUGCUGCCCUUCUCAGGCGUCACUCACUUCAGGAACGAGGUGGUGUUUGUCGACCUGACACCUGGACAGCACAGACACAUACUGCACAGCCUGGCAGACUUGUUGCACGGCCGUUUUGAGGAGCUGGGCCUCCUGGAAGGUGACCGUCGUGGGUUUGAACCCCACCUCACCAUUAUGAAGUUGUCCAAAGCACCAAAACUGAGGUCACAGGGUAUAAAGCGUGUGGACCCGGCACUUUACUCUAACUACACCAGCAGGUUUUUCGGCAACCAGAAGGUGGAGCGUCUGGAUCUCUGUUCCAUGCUCAAAAGAAAGCAGGAGGACGGAUACUACCACACAGAGACAUCACUGCAACUCGGUGGGCGUCGCCGAUCAGAGCUUGAUGAGGCGGAGCUGCUGAGGAUCAGUAAGCGAUUGGUGGACGAUGCUGUCAAUCGGGCUCUGCAGCAAUACAAACAGGAAACGCUCCAGAACGGGGGCGGUCCCAAUGUGCCUGCGGAGGGAACAAUAACAAAGACAGGCGACACAGACGCCCGGAAGUGACAUCAUUGGACAUCUGAAGGAGUCCGUGACCGGGCAGCUUGUUGUCCAGCAGGCUUGACGGACUGAGAACGCUUUGGACGCUCAGCUCCAAACCAGCGCACUAACCUCCGAGGCUAGCCCGUCAUGCUAGUUUGACUCAGGUAGCAGCCAAAAAAGUGCCAAUUGCUCCUCGCUUUUUGUCUUUGCUAAUUUGCUGCUUUGCGUCAAGAGUUGUCGCUCACAUGAUUUUUGAUGUUUUUUAACUGAGAACCAGUCAACCAUUGCGCAAAAGACAUGGUGAGAUUCCUAAAGCAUAACACGUUGCACGGCGCUACGUUGGCCUAACAUGAUUUGUCACUACACGAGUUUGACUGCCGUCCUGUAGAGAGACAAUCAUUGUCAGCUUGUUGCUAGCACAAAAACACUAGCCAUGUUAGCGUAGAACCACAGUGGACUACGCUACGCUACAGGACGAGUACAUCUCCUUUACUAUCAUGACUUCCUGUUAGUUAUUUUGUACGAUAUCGUCACGUUAAGUCUUCGCUGACAAUGCACAAAUCUACUUUAUUCACUAUUACACCUCACUUUAUUAAUCGCUGCGUAAUCGUAGCCAUGCUUGAUGUUUACUACUGUUGAUGCUAGCUUAACACUUUUUAAGCGAUGACUGAAGACCUGUCGCCCCCUAGUGGCCUGGAGCCCAACCCAUUCACACACAAGCAUGGACGUCACUGUGAAGCUUAAAGGACAAUAGUUCACACGUAUAGACGUGAUGUCAAGUUGGGUGAAAGAGUUGCGCUAAAUCGCAAUUUUUAUCCUCUAACUUUGGCCUUUUUUGGGAGAAAACAAAAUGCUUCCAUUGCGUGAUUACGACAUAGGUUAUCCCUUUUGUAUGUCAGUUAGCAAGUAGAUUUUUUUG